AUGGAAGAUGUUGACCUGGUGAAACCCUUACAAAAAACUUCAUCUUCUGUAGAAUCUGAUAUAAAAAAUUCUCCCUAUUCUCUUGGACUGAACUUAAGUACUAAUAGAAGUAGCCCCCACCUUAGUACAAAUGGGGUAUCCUCUUUCUCAGGGAAGACCAGACCGGCUGUAAUUCAAGGCACCAGUGAAGCCCUCACCUCUUUCAUGCAAGAGCUACAGCACAGUGGAAGGACUGAUUCGGAACUUUGGAAGAACUGCGAGGCCAGGUGGUUACAGCUAUUCAGCUUGGUGGAAAAGCAGUGCCAAGAACACAUAGCGGCCCAGCAGGAGCAGUUCCACAACCAAGUCCAACGGGUGCAGGAGGAAAUAAAGAAUCUAGUCAAGUUACAGAGCAGCAAUGCUUCGUGGGCUCCCUAUGACAGAAGUUCUCUAAGUGAACACCGCUCUUCAGAAAGGCAGAUGGGGUUCUUUUCUGAAAACAGUGAUAGAAAUGAAUCUGUCCUCAGUUACCCAAAGUCUCGAGAACCUGAAAUGCAGCAGGAAACAUCGCCGUCACAGCCAGACUGCAACGUGGACAGCAGCUCAGUGAGCAGCGGCUAUGGGACCUUCUGUGUCUCCGAGUUAAACACCUACACGUCGAAGGGCCCCCAGGAGUUCAUGGAGCACACGGAGGCCUCGGCGGGGCAGUGCGGGGCGCCGGCCCUGCAGACCUCGUCUCCUGUGGAUGGUGGAAAGCACAAGCAUUUCUACAUCCAUUCUCCCCAGGAGUUCAGUGACUCGGUGAAGGAAGACAUUCCCAUUUUACCUGGUGAUUUUGAACACAAGUUCCUCGGUGAAAGUAAGAUUUUGGAAGUAUACAGUGGAAAAACAAAUAGUAGUAAAGCGAUAACAUCAUGGGCGCAGAAGCUGAAGCAGAACCACCCAAAGGGAGCCCAUGCCGAAGAGGGGUGUCCCAGGUCCACGCCAGGAACCGAGCAGCCCCAGAGAGUGCCGGUGGAGAAGUUGGAGUUCGCUGCUGCUACACCACCUCGUGCUUUUUACCUCAGUAAGCCAGAUGAAAGCCCGAAUUUGUGGAUGUCUGAUUCAGGAACAGGCCUGACGCACUGGAGACUGGAGGAGAAGGACACGUACCCCUCUCUGCCCAAGGUCACAGACAAGCCCUUUGCCCUGUCCUCCUGCCCGCAAGUGUCAGCCAGCCCGUCUAAUACUAGUAAUGAAAUGAAGCUUCCGUCACUGAAGGAUAUUUAUCAUAAAAAGCAAAGGGAAAACAAGCAGUUACCUGAGAGGAAUCUCACUUCUUCCAGCCCCAACCAUCCGCCCGAGGUGCUGACUCUGGACCCAACGCUACACAUGAAGCCAAGUGAGCAGACGGCGGGGACUCAGCUGCCGGGCUUUCUGAACGCCCUCCAGGACAGGAUCUCCUUCUCGCCAGACUCUGUGCUGGAGCCCAGUGUGUCCAGUCACUCUGACAUAGACUCAUUCUCGCAAGCAAGUAAUGCCACCUCCCAGCUGUCUGGGCUGCCCAAAUGCCCUUCACGUGCAAAAGCUUCGCCAAUGGCCUCUUGGAAAAAUCACACAUUCCCAAACGAGAGCAGGACCAGCUCCACGUUCCCCUCAGUCUAUACUGUCACUAGUAACGACCUCUCGGUCAGCACCGUGGAAGGAGAAAACACUGUCAUGGUAACUGCAGCCUCAGUCAGUCAGUCCCAGCUUCCAGGUACAGCCAACAGUGUCCCAGAAUGCAUUUCAUUGACUUCCCUGGAAGAUCCUGUGCUAUUGUCUAACGUCCGGCAGAACCUGAAGGAAAAGCAGGCCCGGCACAUAGCAGAUCUUCGAGCUUAUUAUGAAUCAGAAAUAAGUAGCUUGAAACAGAAGCUGGAGGCAAAAGAAAUGUCUGCAGUUGAGGAUUUGAAGAAAACCAAUCAAAUUCUUGUAGACAGAUGCGGUCAAUUAGAUGGUGUUCUGAAUGAAGCCACCAGCCGUGUGAGGACACUUGAAAAUAAGAAUAACCUACUAGAAAGAGAAGUGAGUGAGUUCAGAGAGCGCCUCAGUGCAGCCAGCAGCGCCUCUAAAGUUCUGCAAGAACGCAUCGAGGAAAUGAGAACAAGCAACAGAGAGAAGGACAGCACCAUCGUGCGGCUGAAGUGUAGGCUGCAGGAUCUGGAGGAAGCCUUUGAGAACGCCUACAAACUCUCAGAUGACAAAGACGCCAGACUGAAACAGGAAAACAAAAUGUUUCAAGAUCUUUUAGGAGAGUAUGAGUCCCUGGGAAGAGAACACGAAAGAGUAAAGGAUACAUUAAAUAUAACCGAGAACAAAUUACUUGAUGCACAGACUCAGAUUUCUGAUUUGAAAAGAACGAUCUCAAAACUUGAAGCUCAGGUCAAGCAAGUGGAGCAUGAAAAUAUGUUAAGUCUUCGCCAUACUUCCAGAGCUCCCAUGGGACCCACACGUGGCAACACACUGACCACCUCUGACGUCAGCAGGCGGAAGUGGCUGAUCCCGGGGGCGGAGUACUCGAUCUUCACCGGCCAGCCCCUGGACGUGCUGGACAGGACGGCAGCGGAGGAAACGGGCGCUCCUGGGUACCAUUCUCCUCCGGAAAAGGAUUCUUCACCUGGAAGUUCACCAACAAACUUACUGGUAAAAAAACAAAGAGAGACUUCAGAUGCACCAAUCAUGAGAGCUUUAAAAGAACUUGAAGAAGGAAAAAUAUUUAAAAAUUGGGGCACACAGACAGAGAGAGAGGACACUUCAAAUAAACUGGUGAAUCCUCGGCAAACUGAAACGCCUGUCAGUGCGAGUGGGUCCCCAGAGAAAAGCGCCCCGCAGAGACACCGGAGGCCUAACUGUGCCGCGCAGAGGUCGUCCUCCCUGCCGCCUUCCAACCGCAAGCCCAGCACUCCAACGAAAAGAGAGAUUAUGUUAACACCAGUGACUGUGGCUUAUAGUCCAAAGCGGUCCCCUAAAGAAAAUUUGUCCCCAGGAUUUAGCCACCUGCUUAGCAAAACCGAAGGCAGUCCAAUUCGAUUUGAUAUACUUUUGGAUGAUUUAGAUACUGUUCCCGUGUCUGCGUUACCACGUACCAAUCCAAGAAAACAACUCCAGUUUCUUCCUCUAGAUGACUCGGAAGAAAAAAAAUAUUCAGAAAAAGCCACCGAUGCCCAUGCAAGCCAUAGCUCUUCCCCUGACCUGCCGCCAAGUAGAGCGAAGGGCGCCGAGGGCGCCGGCGAGCUGGGCGGUGCACCCUGUCCGGCUGCCGGAGCGCGCGCCCACGACUUCGAGUACACCGCGAAGAUCAGGACUUUGGCGGAAACAGAACGCUUUUUUGAUGAACUUACAAAAGAAAAAGACCAGAUUGAGGCUGCCCUCAGUCGGAUGCCUUCGAUGGGAGGACGAGUCACUUUGCAGACAAGAUUAAAUCAGGAAGCCCUGGAGGACCGCCUGGAGCGGAUUAACCGCGAGCUGGGCUCCGUGCGCAUGACGCUGAAGAAGUUCCACGUCCUGCGCUCCUCCGCGCACCUCCGCCCCGUGUAG